CUGUAAUCUCAGACAUCUAGAAAAAGCAUCCCCUUUGUGACCGUUUUUUAUUACUCCCCUACUGUGUGAAGAACACUUGAAUAAUGGCAUUCCGGCCGUUGCUUGCAGACUAUCCCAAACCAAAACCAAUGUUCAGAACGUAACAAACAAAAGAAAAAACCUCUGGUUCUCCCUUUGUUUUCUCAAUUGCCCCUCCUAUUCUCAGCCUUCUCUGUCUCUCCUUCCUCUUGCCAUGAUUGGAAGUAAAGAUCGUGUUGUUGACUCUGAAGGUGAAAACUCCAGGAGCAAGCUCUCAAGGCACAAUUUUGAGGCCAACAAGGAGUACCCAGAUGAAAAAGGUGUUGAAUUUCUGAGAGAUUCAAAAGUGGGUGGUGGUGGUGUUGAUGGGGUUUUUCACUCAAAACCCACCAAGGUUGUUGUUGUUGGUGGUGGUGGUGGCAGCAGCUCAGGGUUUCAAGAGUUGACCCUCAGCUACCUUUGUGAUAACCCAAAAUUCAAUCUUGCUGAGAAAGAGAUUCCUGGUAAAAGCCUGCUGAAUUCCUUGGAAAAAAUGAGCCACAAAGGGAAAGAGGUUGUGAUCUGUGAGAAUUCAAAUCAAGAUGGGAAAUGGGUGGAAAGAGAUUUUCUCAGCCUGAGUGAGCCAAGGGAAGAUUCUUCAAAGCGAUCCCUUGAGGAAGUUGUUGAGAGGGAGAGUAAUAGGGAGAAGAAGCCAAAACUGGAGACACUUAACCUCUCUCUUGCUUUGCCUGAUGUGUCACUUUCCCUCACUGCCUCAAACGCCUUGCAAAACGGUGAUCAACAACAACCAAUUAGGACCAAACCUUGCAGGCCAUCCACUACUACUCACACUUCAUAUUCCAAUGACUACACUGCAGCUUCUUUGUCUUACUCUUAUUCCCACCCUUUCUCUCACAAUCCAAGCUGUUCACUCACCCGCAAUUCAACUGAUAAUUUUGAUUACUCAGUGAGCAAAGAUGACCAAAUUUGGAACUGUGGAGAGGGGACUAAUGGCUCUGUGCAUAGUAGGUUCAAGCCAAUUGGAGAUGGGUUGGUUGGUUUAUCCAACCAUGGUGGUGCUGCUGGUGGUAUUAGUUCCUUUAUGCAAGGUAAUAAUAGUCAGUAUAAAACUACUAGUUCAGAUAACCAUUCUUUUUUCCCUUCAGAGUUGCCUGCAAGGUCAAGGUUUGAGGCUCAGUCAGGGGACUCAAGGGGGAGGAAUUCUAAGAAUCUGAGAAUCUUGGAAGGCUUGGAUGAUGGGAAGGUAAGGAAGAUUUCUAGGCCAGAGAGAAUUGUUAGGGAAAUUGUUUCAGAGUCUAUACCUGUCAUGGCAUUGACAAUUCAGGAGCUUACUGAUGAUGUCAUAGCAUCAACUAAGGAAUACUUGAGGAAUCUCAUUGAGAAGCCCGAGAAGAAAGAGGAACUGGUAAGCCUCCAGAACCGGCUCGAGAGAAGAUCUGACCUUACUAAGGAGAGUCUUUCAAAGUGCCAUAAAGUGCAAUUAGAGGUUUUAGUGGCUGUCAAGAUGGGGCUUGCUAGCUUCCUAUCUAAUAAAAUUCAAUUGUCUGAGAUGGUAGAGGUUUUCUUGUUUAAGAGGUGUAGGAAUGUAACCUGCAAGCAUUUGCUUCCUGUUGAUGAUUGUGACUGCAAGAUUUGCUCAGGAAACAAGGGCUUUUGCAGUUCUUGCAUGUGUCCUGUCUGUUUGAACUUUGAUUGUGCAAGCAACACUUGUAGUUGGAUUGGAUGUGAUGUUUGUUCACAUUGGUGCCAUGCUACUUGUGGUAUUCAGAAGAAUCUUAUCAAGCCUGGGCCUAGCUUGAAGGGGCCUUCAGGGACCUCAGAGAUGCAGUUUCAUUGUAUUGGCUGUGGACAUGCCUCGGAAAUGUUUGGUUUUGUUAAGGACGUGUUUGUGUGUUGUGCUAAGGAUUGGGGUCUUGAAACCUUGAUGAAAGAGCUUGACUGUGUAAGGAAGAUCUUCAGGGGAAGUGAAGAUUGCAAAGGGAAGGAAUUGCAUGUUAAGACUGAUGACAUGCUAUUAAAGCUUCAAACUAAAAUGAUAUCUCCUUUGGAUGCCUGCAAUUACAUCAUGCAGUUCUUCAGCUAUGCAGACAGCAUGUCAGACUUUCAUACUUCUGGUAUUUCUUCAAAGGAUUUGCCAGCCUCUCAAUCUAACCUUACAAAGGAUACACCAUCUCUUUCAAAACCUAAUUCUCUAUUACCAGAAUAUGGUUAUGACAUGGGCUAUUCUAGGUCACAUCCUGAUGCCAUGUCAAGUGAUCUACUUCAGAAAGACCUCAAAGCUUCCAUCUUAAGUGAACUGAAAAAUGAGGCUGAUUUCCAUUUGGGGGCUUUAUUAAGGAAAGGUGGACUUGAAAGUUUGGAGAGCAUUGUGAGGAUAAAGGAGGCAGAAGCCAGAAUGUUCCAAACCAAGGCAGAUGAAGCAAGAAGAGAGGCAGAAGGGUUCCAGAGGAUGAUCAGGACGAAGACUGCGCAGAUGGAAGAAGAGUACGCCGAAAAGCUUUCCAAACUCUGCUUGCAUGAGACCGAGGAAACGCAGAGGAAGAAAUUGGAUGAACUGAAAGUCUUGGAAAAUUCCUAUUUUGAUUACUAUAAAAUGAAAAAGAGAAUGCAAGAUGAGAUUGAUGGUUUAUUGCGGAGAAUGGAGGCAACAAAGCAGCAAUGGGUUUAAUUUUAUUUUUGUUGCUUUUCCUUAUGUUUUCUUAUUCAGGAUACUGCUAAAUGUGUAAUUUAUUGAUAUGUGAUGUGUUGGUAUUGAGGUGGUUCCCAGAAUGGAUGGUUUUCAAUUUGAUAAAAACAAGUUUUUUGGUGUCUCAUCUUUGUUUCUUUUUCCUUCAUAAACGGAGGUAUGAAAGCUUUGCACUU